UUUAUUAAUUAUUGUAUUAUUUUCCAUAUAUAACUGUACAACUGUAAACCUACUUUUGCACCACCCUGUAUACUAUAUAAGUAUUUGCUGUUAUUAUUACUGUACCAGUAAGCAUGGAGAGACCCAUAUUUGAGAGAGAUUUCUGGUAUAAGAUCAAAAGGAUUUUGGCAAUAGGUCAGACAUGAGCAGCAGAGGAGAGAGAAAGGUCCAGCAUGAUUCUUAGAUUCCUAGCUUGAGAUGCUGAGCAUUAGUAGUACUGCAACCAGCAAUCAACAGACCAGAAGAUAGAACAAAUUUGUCCAGAUGACUGAGGGAGGAGGAUUGGCAGAUAAUAGGCUAUAAGCACAUAAUACGUGGUGAGAAAUUUGGAUCUAGAGUCCAGGAGACAAGUCAGAAUGCAGAGUUGGGAGUCACCAUUGAACCGUGUUAGUUGAAGAGAUGGGAGGAAGUAAGGUCACCUAGGGAGCAUGUGCAGGAUGGGAUGAGGACCAAGGGCAGAUCCAGAGGAGAAGGCAGGCAUAAGGGACAGGCUGAGGACUUAGUACCUAUAGAUGAGACUAAGAUGGAAUUGUGAGAGGGAUGGGGGUAAAACCACACUCACAAAGGGGAGAUUUUCAUGAAGGUGAGGCUAGCCAACAGUGUCAGAGCAUGCAAAAAUUCUGUAGACACCAAAACCUGAAAAUGAGCUAUGGUUAAGCAAUGAAGGAAAUAGUGAUUGCCUUAUCCCAGUGCCUGUGGUGCCAGCAAAUGCCAGAUUGCUGUAGUUGAGGGGUAAAUAGAGGUUAAGGAAAUGAUGGAGACAAUAACUUCCCUUUCAAGGAAUGGGGUGACAAAGGGGUGGAGGUGUUCACCUGAAAUGAGACAGUGUGAAGAAAAGCCUUUUGGAGAUAAGGGAAACUGAUAGUGUGGACCUGGGAAGAGAGAUAGAAGAUGCAGAAAAGAGAGAAAUGGACAGAGGGCAGGCUCACUGAAAGGUUUAGCUUAGAAGAGGAGAAGGGUUCCUCUGCAGGGAAGGUAGGGCUGAGUGCCCUUUUGGUGAAUUCAGGAGCCUAAGGGCCAGCUCUCCUUGUCAGAGAGUUUUUCUGCUUUCAUUUCCUGGGCCAAAAGCUAACUUCAGAAGGACACUGAGGGUUAGAAUUGAUUUAAAGGGUCUUGGAGAGUCCACAAUGACAGGUGAACACCUGGGGAGUCUCACACUGUUUUGAACUCCUCAUCAUCCAGGGCCAUGAUCAGAGCAAUGUUUCCAGCUAUGUUUUGGAUGCCAUCUUGCUAGAAGACUGCCCCAAAGUAUCUGAGGCCAGAAGAGAGUCUGAAGCAAGUUGGCAGGUGCCCUUAUUCAAGAAGUUCCUGCCCCAAAGUUGAGAAUCAGUGUCUAUGGUUUUUCUCUCAGUCCUGAGCUUGGUAGCAUUCUCAGUUCACCUGCACCAGUAUAUCAAUAUCUCACAUCCUGUGCCUCUCUCUGGACCUCAUGCCAGCUAGUCCAGAGCAGUAGCACCAGUAUGCUUCUACAUAGCAUUUAGCUGUAGAUCAGAUGAGAUUUUUCUUCAUUUAAAAAAAGAAAGUGAACUAUUAUGGUUCUCUGGCUGCUCCUGGUGUUUAUUGCUUGAUGGUGUUUAAUUGGCUUAAUGGGGCAUGUCUAAAAUCAACAAAAUUGAGCCUAAGGAAAGUUCCCUAAGGAUUCAAAAUGAUGGUGAGGCUUUUCCAGGGAGACACUGGGGAGAUGGGUCAGACCCUCAAGCUGGCUAGUGAGGGUCUGUAGUGAUAGCAUAGUAAGCUCCCUCCUCCAGCCCCUCUCCCUCUAAAAGCCUCAGAGAGCCACACCAGAGCAACUGAGUAGGAGAGGGCAAGGGAAGAUAAUAACUAAUUGCAUUUGCCAUUAUUUCCACAAAUAUGUGGAAAUAUAUUUGCUUAGCUGCUUAGUGAAGAGUCAGAGGGGAGUAGAACACAGUCCCUGCUCACAGGAACACCCAUCCAGUGGGAAGAAAAUACAGUAAAGGCUGUGAAGGACAGGGAGGACCUCUGUGCUGCGAUAAUGUCCAUGGGGCUCAUUCAGUGGGUCUAAGAAAGCCAGGCAGGUGAAUAGAUCUGGAUGGUGGGUUUAAAAACUCAGAGGGAAGCCCUGAGACAUCCCUGUAGAAGACAUUGGAGGAUGAGAAUUAAGGACAUGAGACUCCGGGUCCUCUGAGGCUUGUUUACCUUUGCUGCAGGAUCCAGUUCCUGGACCCAUACUUACAGGUAGAGGCAGAAUUAUUGAGGGGACAGGCAGGCUAAGAGAGAGAGAAGGAUGAGGAACUAGCAAACCACACUUUGCUUAACCCUAAGCAAUAGAGUUGGGUUUUAGAAUGUGAAUACAUAUUAUUCAUCCUUUUUUCCUCCUCCCCAGUACCAUACACAGUUGAAAAACAGGUACAGGAGCCUCACAGAUAGAGCUGCAGUGAGAAUAUGGUUUUGAUGUAAAUCCAUAAUGGGCUUUCAAAGACCUCACUCUAGAAUUACAUUAAUCCACCAGACACAGAUACAGCUGGUGGAAAGCAGACAUUAAAGUACCCAUCUAGCCAACAGGCAGACCCCAGAAGGAGCCAAGCUAUAUACACCCUCUUCUUUCUAAAUCCAUGGGACAAGGGAGAGCAAUGCGGGAAAAAGUGGGAUAACUAUAAUUGAACAACAAUUUUAAAAAACAUGGUUUUUAGCCUUAUCAGAUCCAAUGUCCCUUGUAACAAGGAUUCUGGAAAACACCUUUAAUAUCCUAGAAUAAAAUUUAGAGAAAACAAAUAAAAAUCAGUGAGAUACUCUAAUUUGCAUAAAAAGAGAAUGAAAAAUAAUUUUAAAUGAAAUAAUAUGUAUUUCAGCAAGUAAGUCCUUAGGCACCCUCAGAGGUUUAACAAGAUAGUAGGAUGCUUACACCUAUAUAAAUGAGACAGACACAAAUACAGACUGACUAAUAUGUUAUUUGGCAGUUAAAAAUCCAUAAUUUUCCAAAAUGUUAAACAACUCUUGGUAAACCUCUAACAAAAUAAAAUGUAAUAUUUUUUCAGUUUACACAGAAAAUGCCAUUCUUAAAAAAAGUCAGUGUAUGUUAAAAGUAUACAAAAGAUGCUUUGUGCUUGCAUAAAAAUGGAAUUGGGUUCUAGGCUCAUAUGAUUACAGGUAGGCUAUUUAGUAGCACAAAUGUCUGGUGAUACACUGGAAAGUCAUAUGAAAGUUGUGUGGGACAUGAGCAAGUGUUUUUUAUUUUAUAUGGUCUUCUACAUUGCAGGAUGUCCAGAAUGCCUGUCCUCUGCUGAGUAAAUGCAAAUAGAGCCUCCUAAUUAUUAAGACAGCCAGAAUAACCACCCCACAAAUUUCAGAAAUUAUUUCCUGGCUUGCUGUCACCCCCAGUAAGCACAGAUGAGGUGACCUAGACCCAGGGAGAUAGGUCACUUCUACCAGGAGGCAGAGAACAAGAUGUUCCACAUAGAAAUACAAAGCAAUGGAAAAUGGAGCUCCCCCAGCACUGGGAAGGGGCCCCCAGAAAUAACACACAUAGCCUCUGCCCUCAGAGAAUUUAAUUGCUAUCCAAAGAGGGAUACAGGUCUGAAAAGUUCCUCAAAAUGCUGGAACAAGGAGUAUGUAAACCAGUGCUGGCUCCACAGGAAAUAAGCUUGGUGAGUAGCUGGAUAGACAUAACAGAAUUUUCAGGCAGGAGAUGAUUGGUGAGAUUAAAUACCCUCCCCUUCUCAAAAGUAAUUUCCCCACUGUAGUUAAAUAAUAUAAUAAUAAUUGUACUUAUUAAUUCUGCCUGUGUUGUGUCUACUUCCUAGGCAUGUUGUAAGGAUUAAUUAUAGUUAAGAUAUAUAAUUUAGAAUAGUCUCUGAUAUACAGUAAUCAAUCAAUAAAUAUUAGCUCCUAUUAUUAUCUGAUGAAUGAGAACCCUUAAUUUUGUCUUCCUUUCCUCUCCCUGUGUGGCUGCUGAGCUGUGCUUGCACCAGUUUAAAUGGGCUGCAGAUGCUACUAGAAAGAUUAAAACAGAGGAUGUCAAUGACUCCCUGCAGCAGACCCUCAUGCAUAGGCCAUGCCACCUGAGUCAAGGACCUGCCAUGAUGUCCGGAAACCAGAUGUCUGGGGAUGUGACUCCCCUCCACCCUCUCCAGCAGCUCGUGCUGGUUCCUGGCCACCUACAGUCUGUAUCCCAGUUUCUGCUGUCUCAGACCCAGACUGGGCAGCAAGGUCUGCCGCCAAAUCUUCUCCCCUUUCCACAGCAACACAGCUCUCUCCUCCUCCCACAGGCUGGACCUGGCCUAGUGUCCCAGACAACUGGACGCCCUGGGCUGCCAGGAUCCUCUUUAGAACCCCACCUGGAAGUGUCCCAGCAUCUCCCAUUGCCUAAGCAUCUGCCCAGCACUGGAGGGGCUGAUGAGCCCAGUGACCUGGAGGAGCUGGAGAAGUUUGCCAAGACCUUCAAGCAGAGGCGCAUUAAGCUGGGCUUCACACAGGGAGAUGUGGGGCUGGCGAUGGGAAAGCUGUAUGGCAAUGACUUCAGCCAGACCACAAUCUCACGAUUUGAAGCCCUCAAUCUGAGCUUCAAGAACAUGUGCAAGCUCAAGCCACUGCUGGAGAAAUGGCUGAGUGAUGCAGAAUCCUCUCCAUCAGACCCCUCGGUGAGCACUCCAAGCUCCUACCCCACCCUCAAUGAAGUGUUUGGUAGGAAGAGGAAGAAACGCACCAGCAUUGAGACCAACAUUCGCCUGACUCUGGAGAAAAGAUUUCAAGAUAACCCCAAACCUAGCUCAGAGGAGAUAUCCAUGAUUGCAGAGCAGUUGUCCAUGGAGAAGGAGGUGGUAAGGGUCUGGUUCUGCAACCGACGCCAAAAGGAGAAGCGAAUCAACUGUCCUGUCACUGCACCCAUUAAAUCACCCAUCUAUACUUCCCGUCUGGUCUCUCCCUCUGCAUCUCUGGGCCCCCUCUCCAUCCCUCCUGUCCAUAGCACCGUGCCUGGAACAGUAACAUCACCCUGUUCCCCUGGGAACAACAGCAGGCCUUCGUCUCCUAGCUCAGGACUUCAUGCAAGCAGCCCCACUGCACCUCAAAAUAACUCCAAAGCAACAGUGAACUCCUCUACUUUUAACUCUUCAGGAUCUUGGUAUCGAUGGAAUCAUCCCACCUACCUCCACUGAGACCACAAAGUUUCUCCUAUUCCACUUGGCCCUGUAUUCCCCAUUGGAAGGAAGGGAGUCAUCCCUUCUCUGUAUGAACAGAUUACUCUCAGAAGAGCAGAGGAGAAUCCCCUCUAUCACUUAACCUAAAUUCUUGCCUUCUUAAUGAGCAAGGGCCUCUGGAGAUUUAAACUGUGAUUGAACCAUGUGUUGACUUCUAGCAUUAUUGAAAUAUAUACCAAUGCUAGAAUUUGAACUUCCUUGCGUGUGCCUCACCUCCAUCCUCUAGUUCUAAAUAUUUUGGACAGCAUCAUUGUGGCAGUGAUUUUUCAGAGAAAGGAUAUCUUGCCAUUAUUCUCCAACCCAUUCUAGGGACAGCCAUUUGCCUGGCGUGCCAAACUAUCAAAAAGAGACAUAAUGGUUUUAACUCUGACUUUAGCUAUAAUCUCUGAACUAAUUCUAAAAUCUGUGAAAAGAUUUGAAUUUGAUGUCUCCACCAAAGCCUUGAUGUUUUCCCUGCUCAGCAAAGUUUUCUGACUAAAACUUCUUUCACCCAAUUUUCUCUUUAGCGCUGCCCCCUUUUCUACAACCAACUCCAUUCAUGAUUUUGUUCUCCAGGUUCCCUCCUCUUUACAGAAGGCUGAGUCCCUCAGUCCUCUGGGCAUAUUUCUGUACCUACAGAUGCUCUUCUGUCCAUUACACCUGUCACAGAGUUAAGGAGCAAUUGUUCACUCUCACCUUCCCUGUGUUUUUCCUUAUCUUAUUCUCUCUCCCUUAUCCUGGCUGUAGAAGGAAGAACACAAAAACAAACACGCAACAGUGAUGCUGGCAAAAAACCUCUAUACAGCCCUUUCCUCUUUUUGCACUUUCUUCUUCUUUCCUUAAUGUGGAAUUUUCCAGCAAAAUGUUUAACUCGGGUGUGAAUUUUGAACUGUCUGUAAUAUUUUAUCUUCCUU